AGACGGUAGGAAGGGACGGCGUCUGAUUCACCUGUCACAAAAACCGGACGGUUUCAACUAGUGAAGGUUCUCUCUCUCCAGUCUCCCCCUACCCCCACCAGCGCCAAACCCACAUACGCCACCUUCUCUUUCUCAUCAAUCUCUCUAUCUCUUUUUCUUUUUCUCUCUACCAUAAAUCAAUCUUGCUGUUCUCCGAUCAGAUGCGUUGUCUUCACAGGUACCGUUCGAUCCUAUCCCUAAUCUCUACUCAGUAUCUUGACUUUUCUAGGGUUAGGAUUUCUUCCAUCGUGCCCUUAUAAAAUCAAAUCAACUACACAUAUCUGAUAAUCUAACAGGAUUAUUUCGUAAAUCGGUUGAGAAUAAAAUGCAUCCGAGGUGGUUUAAUUGCUUUCGAUGCGCUAUUAUUCAUAUUGGUUACGAUGUGGACUGAUUUGGGUGGAUUUAGGAUACUUUUUAUUGAUUUCGUUAGGGUUUUCGAGUAGGAUUGCAUGAGGUUUUUUGCUCAUGCGAUUAAGUGUUGAUUCUGGUGAUAUGAUAAUGCCGGCAAAAGAGAAAAUGAAUGGUGGUGGUGUUUUAACAACCUUAUCCAUGGACAACAAUCAUUUCUUGUCCAUGGAUUCAAGUUUGUUCGAUCCGGCUGUAGAUCUGAAUCUACCGCCCGAUAUCAAUCUCCCACUCUCGGCGGAGCCAAGCCAUCCGCCACCUGUGUCGAUUGAUUCAUGUGAUAUGCUAGAACCCGGUUUAGGUUCUCAACAUUACCAAAGUGAAACACAUAUAAAUGUCACAAAAUCCGGGAAGAAGACCGCUAAGCGACUAGAUAGCAUGUGGGGGGCUUGGUUUUUCUUUAAUUUCUACUUCAAACCGGUUUUAAACGAGAAGUCAAAGAACAAGAACAUGGAUAAUAACGGACACGAUAUUGAUAAAUCACAGCUGAAGUUAGAUGUUUUCUUGGUUCAACAUGACAUGGAGAAUAUGUAUAUGUGGGCUUUUAAAGAAAGGCCCGAGAACGCAUUGGGGAAAAUGCAACUGAGAAGCUAUAUGAAUGGGCAUUCACGACAAGGGGAAAAGCCCUUUCCGUUUUGUGCUGAUAAGGGUUUCGUUAGAUCUCAUCGAAUGCAAAGGAAACAAUAUAGGGGACUCUCGAAUCCUCAGUGUGUUCAUGGGAUUGAAGUUGUUAGAUCACCUAAUUUGAUGGUAUUGGAAGAGGAAGAAAGAAGAAGGUGGAUGGAACUUACGGGAAGAGAUUUAAACUUUUCAAUUACUCUUGAAGCAUGUGAUUUCAGUUCUUGGAGGAACCUUCCAAGUACCGAUUUCGAAAUUGAACGCGCUCUCAUUCCAAAAGAUACAGCUAAUCAUCAUCAUCAACAACAAGAACCAAAGCGAUUGCUUUCUAGUACUGGUACUGGUACUGCAACUGGUGAUACUAUUACCAGUGUGCCAGAUCUUUUGGCGGGUUGUAAUGGUAAACGUCGGAAGAGCAACUCGCCACGUGGCAAUCACGAUGAAGAAAGUUCGGAUUCAGUUCUUGAUGUUCAUCAAGUGGAUCCGCAUUGGACGAGUGAAAUUUCUGGGGUGUUAAGAAGUGCUUAUGGGCCUGUAACGGCUGCAAAGACUAUCUAUGAAGAUGAAGAGGGAUUCUUGAUUGUUGUAAGUUUGCCAUGUGUAGAUCUUCAAAGGGUAAAAGUUACAUGGAGGAAUACGAUUUCACAAGGUGUUGUGAAGAUUUGUUGUGUGAGCACCGGGUGUAGGCCGGUGUUAGAAAGACAAAACAGGACGUUUAAGAUGAGCGAUCCGGCACCUGAGCACUGCCCUCCUGGGGAAUUUGUGAGGGAGAUUCUGCUUCCGACUCUGAUUCCUGAAGAUGCAAAGUUGGAAGCUUACAGGGACGAAACAGGAACUAUGCUUGAGAUAAUGGUGCCUAAGCAUCGUGUAGGACCUGAAGAACAUGAGGUUCAUGUUUGUCUUCGUUCAUCUCCAAGUGUUCUUAUGUUAACUUAAUGAAAACUGGAGUCGAUGUUUGAUGCUUCAUUGAUUUUUGCUGAUCUUUAUUUACCAAGUGGAAUCUAUGAAGUAAUGGGUUGUGUUUAUUUAUUACGUAGGUGUCUUUUUUUGUCGAUGCUUCCUUUAGUUUAUUGAACAAUUUCAAAGUGUGUUGUUAUUAUUACGGAUUGGUAGGUUUUAUUUAACUAUCAGUGUUUUAUUUUUAUUUUUUUUGUAUAUGAUAAGAUCAACGCCAAAAAAUGAAUGAGAGAUCUAUGAAGUAAUGGGUUGUGUUUAUUUAUUA